AUGGCUUCAUUGAGUGAAAUGGAACUUUAUUCGAAAACUGUUUACGCAGAAGCUCGUGGCGAGCCUCACGAAGGUCAACGAUGGGUUGCAUGGGUUAUCAAAAAUCGCGCUCAUGUCGGCAGAUUCGGAGGACAUUCCAUCAAAGAAGUUUGUUUGAAGCCGAAGCAAUUUUCCUGCUGGAAUGGAAAAACGGAUAUUGCAAUUUAUGAACCUGGCAUUUAUCGAAAUAUUCAAGUUUUGUGUGAAGAAAUUCAUCGAGCUCCAAUUUCAGCUGAUCCAACUGAUAAGAGUCUCUAUUACAUCAAUCCGGAUUUGUGUGAUCCUGCAUGGGCGAAAAAAUUGAAAAAGACUCGCAAAAUUGGACAUCAUCAAUUUUUCAAGGAAUGA